CCCUCCGCGGCUGCGGAAGGGGACGCGAACCGUCCUGGUCCCAUCCGAGCCGCCGUAGCGCGAGCGCCGCGGGAUUUCGGCAGCUCGGGUCGCCAAGGCAACGGGCUUCCCUGCGGUUUGCGGGCUGCGGGCGCCAGGCUGCCCCGGGGAGGCGCUGCGGGCCGGCGGCCCCGGCUCGGUGAGGCGGCGAGACCGCAGAAUUCCCAUACUGAUUAGUCAACGGUAGAAAAUUUGAAGAGAUGCAAGCAGGAAAAAGAAAUUAAACCAGGCCUGAGGAGCGAUGCUACGGGCAUGAUGGAGGUCGAGUCCUCCUACUCAGACUUCAUCUCCUGUGACCGGACAGGCCGUCGGAAUGCGGUCCCCGACAUCCAGGGAGACUCAGAGGCUGUGAGCGUGAGGAAGCUGGCUGGAGACAUGGGCGAGCUGGCACUUGAGGGGGCAGAAGGACAGGUGGAGGGAAGCGCCCCAGACAAGGAAGCCGGCAACCAGCCCCAGAGCAGCGAUGGGACCACCUCGUCUUGAGUCUGAUCUCAUCCAAUUAGGCCGGAUGAGAUACCUUCUGUCCCCUCCCAGAGGGGGAACCCUGGCACUGGCCCAGCAGCCUCUUCUCUGAGCCCCAUGUCCCAGAUAAACCAGGCCAGACUGAGAAGGCUCCCCAGAGGCCUCUGUGGCCUCCACUCCGGGAAAGUCCUCUGCCCACACCCACAGGCUCCACAUUCCCACCACCUUCUCACCGUGCCCAGGUACACUUUCAAGACACUGUAACCACAAAUGUUAUUUAUUGAGCUGGUGCCGGGACUUGGGUGGGGCCCUGCCCUACAGUGAGCAGCCCAUGCAAGAACGCUCCUCUCACGAGCGGCCUGGGCAGGGACCCUGUCCCAACACCAACACUUCCUUUCCAGCCCCAACCUUCUGGGUCAAGACCUUCUUGUCCCUUUUUUAGAAAACACUUUUAAACUUUUUAAAAAUUUUAAAUCUUUUUUCAGCAGAGACGGAGAGAGCUGACAAUCAAUUCACAUUUUUUUAAGCCAUUUUAGCUAAACUCUCAUUGUCUGUGCAGCUCCCUCAUGGAGCUUCACAGGUCCAUUUUUAGGGAAGGGAUUUUGGCUCAAAACUAUUUGACCACCUCUGCCCUUUCUACCAGGAUAAGUGACACCUAGGACCCAGGAAAUAAAUGCUGAUGACUUGUGUGA